AAAGCCAAGAAGUAGACUCGACCUCUUCUCUUCAAAAAGCUUCCCAUCGCGACAUGGAAGCCGUCGCCAAGUUUGACUUCACCGCCUCAGGCGAGGAUGAACUGAGCUUUCACACUGGAGACAUUCUGAAGAUCUUAAGUAACCAAGAGGAGUGGUUCAAGGCGGAGCUUGGGAGCCAAGAAGGAUAUGUGCCCAAGAAUUUUAUAGAAAUCCAGUUUCCUGAAUGGUUUCAUGAAGGUCUCUCACGACACCAGGCAGAGAACUUACUUAUGGGCAAGGAGGUUGGUUUCUUCAUCAUCCGGGCCAGCCAGAGCUCCCCAGGGGACUUCUCCAUCUCUGUCAGGCAUGAGGAUGAUGUUCAGCACUUCAAGGUCAUGAGAGACAACAAGGGUAAUUACUUCCUGUGGACAGAGAAGUUUCCGUCUCUAAAUAAGCUGGUGGACUACUACAGGACGACUUCCAUCUCCAAACAGAAGCAGAUCUUUCUGAGGGAUAGAACCCGAGAGGAUCAGGGUCACCGGGGCAACAGCCUGGACCGGAGGCCCCAGGGAGGCCCGCACCUCAGUGGGGCUGUGGGAGAAGAAAUCAGGCCUUCGAUGACGCGGAAGCUGUCGGGCCGCCCGGCGCCUCCUCCCUCGCAGUGCCCCCCAGCGCCCCCAGCACAGCAGCAACGCUACCUGCAACACCCUCAUUUCCAUCAGGAACGCCGAGGAGGCAGCCUUGACAUAAACGAUGGGCACUGUGGCAUUGGCAUGGGUGGCGACAUGAACCCGGCCCUCAUGCACCGGAGACACACAGACCCCGUGCAGCUCCAAGUGGCCGGGCGAGUGCGGUGGGCCCGGGCGCUGUACGACUUCGAGGCCCUCGAGGACGACGAGCUGGGGUUUCGCUGUGGAGAGGUGGUCGAGGUCCUGGACAGCUCCAACCCGUCCUGGUGGACCGGCCGCCUGCACAACAGACUGGGCCUCUUCCCUGCCAACUACGUGGCGCCCAUGAUCCGAUGAGGCCCUUCCGGGGGGUCAGAGGCUUUUGUGUGAAGCUGCCUGCAGGAGAGGGGGCAAGGAAGAGAAGCGGGAACUAUCCACGCAUAUGGAUAUAUGUGUGUACGCGCACACGCACGCCUACGCCUCUGUGUACACGCAUUUUCUAAUAGUAAUUUAUUGGCGAUUUCAUUGGUUACUUAGUUGAUAUGAAAGGA